GUGGUGGUUGGUGGGUUGUGUGUGGGCAGGUGGCUUGGGCGGGUGUUGAGGUCGUGGGCGAGGGGGUUGUUGUUACUGGUGGAUGAGGAUGAGGAGGAGGAUGGAGCGGAGGAGAAGAAGAAGGAGAAGAAGAGAGGCCUCGAGAAGAAAUGGUGGGAUCUCCCCUUUGGAUCGUUCAUCUCCGUCUCUGUCACCCUGGUCAACUACAACCAUAACCACACCCACAACGCCGGCGCGGCGGAGAUGGUGCGUCUCGUGCCGGACUACAAGGUCGAGCAGGGCAUGCUCCCCCUGCAGACCCUCCAGAAGAUGUGGGAAGCCGAGUCGCUGUCGUGGGACGGCGUGGCGGUCGUCGACUGGGAGCGGCUGCGGUUCAAGCGGCAGGUACACGAGGUCAUUUCCCUGGUGGCCGUCGACGGGUUGGAUGCGGAAACUGACGACGAAAAGCUGGUGGUGUUCAAAUCAGUCUUGAGCCCGCACGAGCAGCGGUAUAUGUACAACGAACUCAAGAUGCUCCUCCUCCUGGGGAACCACGAGAAUGUCAUCUCCCGCCCGCUCGGGGUGGUCACAAAGAAGGGCCGGUUCGGCAACCGGCGGGGGGUGUGCGGGUUCCUGCUCGCGUGGUAUCCUCUGGGCUCGCUCCGGGAGAGGUUGCUGCGGGAGGAUGAUGACUAUUGCGUGUCGACGUCGAUGGCGCAGAGGAUCCGAUGGGCGCGGCAGGUCGCGCGGGCGCUGGCACAUGUGAACGGGCAUGACGAUGGGCGGGUCGGCUUCUAUCCGGAUCUGAAGCCGGAUAAUAUCGUGCUGGGGAAGAGCGCUGCGGCGGACACGGGGAUGCUGGAUGCCGUGCUGAUUGAUCUGGAGCAGCGCGGCGGCUGGUUUACGUGGAGCCCGCCCGAGGUCGCGUAUGUCGAGUACCUGGAGAUCGUGGCGGCGGCCGAUUCCAUACCGCUAGAGAAUGGUUUGAAGAGCGAAAUCGUUAAGCAGUUGCGGAAAUACUACGACGACGACCCGGACUGGUCGCCAGGCGAUUCCGGUCGCCAACGGUAUUACAAUGCCGAGGGCGGGUUCAGCCGGCCGUGGCUGGCGCUUUUGAGAGAGCGGGAAACCGGCGGCACGGGCAGGGACUUGCUGGAGCGGGCGCAAGUGUUCAUGCUGGGGAAGCUGCUGUGGUGCAUCUUCGAGGGCCAGCCCAUGGUGCGCUGCGGCAUCGACCACGAGGUCCUGCGGGAUGCGGAUCCGGAUUAUAAGUCGAAAAGAUGUGGGAAGGCGAGAGCGUUUCCGGAGUUCAAGCAGACACCGCCGGGUGCGCUUCGUUCGUUGAUCCGCGCAUGUACAGCUGGCGCGCCAGAGUGGGAAGAAGGAGGGCGCGCGCGAAGACGGCCCGGAGUGGUGCUGAGACAGGGGAAAUUGUAUCCCGCGGUUGCAGAAGCUGAUCUGGGGGCGUUGACGGCGGAGGAUACGCGCGAUGCGGCGAGGAUAUUCUGGAGACGCGAGCUGGCAUGCGCAAGGGAGUUUAUGGAGGAACUGCUCUUGUUUAAGAGGGGAACAUCGCAGCAUGGGGAACAUCAGCAGGAAAGGGAUCCUGAUGGCCCGGAUUCCAUGCCGGGUUUGCUUGACCAAGUGCGGACCCGACCGCUGCUGUCAGAGGUGUUGGCCGAGUUGGAGCGCAUCGAGAGGUGUCUUGUGAGAUGAGUUGAGAGCGGACUCCGGAGAGUUUGCAGGCACUGUGUUCGAAGAAAGUCCAGGAACUUACG